AUGUUCCUGGUAAAUUUGCCAUCAUUAACAAAUUAUUUUAGUUAUUGUGAAUCCUAUAUACCAAAAUUUCACACUAAUACAAGAUUACAUGAAUAUAAAUUAGCUGAAAGGUUUCACAGGUUUUUUAGAUCAAUGUGGAAUGGUAACAGCACAUUAUAUUCUCCAAGUGAUUUAAUUGACGAGAUAAAAAAUUACAAUGAAGCUUUUCGAGCAAAAUCAUCAAGUUAUGCUAGAAGCAACAAUAGUCAUAAUUAUAAUAGUACCAAUGAUGUAUAUGAGUCAUCAUCUUCUGCUUUGAUCACAGCAAAUAAUUUUUCUGAUAUUGUUGAUAACCACUCACUUUCUACAAGUGUUAUAAGUAAUAUUUUUCAAGGGUUGCUUGAGAGCAAAAUUAGAUGUUUAAAAUGCAAAAAGGAUUAUUUCAAGGAAGAUCGAUUUUAUGAUUUAUCAAUUCAAAUAAAUAAAAAAUAUAAAUCAAGAAAUAUUGAUAGUGCUUUAUCUAUGGGAUUGUUUGUUGGCACAUUAAAAAAUGCUCUUGGAAUUGGUGGUCAUAAUGCAAGCCUUCAUGAUUGUCUAGCAGAAUUUUGUGCAACUGAAAAUCUUGCAGGCAAAGAUAAAUAUCAAUGUGAACAGUGUAAAUCAUUGAAUGAUUGUCAGAAAACACUUAGGAUUACUCAAUUACCUGAGAUUCUUUGUAUUCAACUGAAAAGAUUUCACUUUGACCCAUAUGUUUCAUCAAAAAUUGCAACACAUGUCCAAUUUCCAAUGGAAAAUUUGGACAUGAGACCAUAUUGUAAGGAAUCAGUAUCAAAGGAAAAUUGUGAUAGUCCAGGUAUUAGUGAAAAACGAGAAUCAUUAAAAGUUACUAAAUAUGAUUUAUAUGCAUUAAUUCAUCAUCGUGGUGGCUUAGCUGGUGGUCACUAUAUUGCUUAUGCCAAAAAUCCCAUUGAUGGAAAUUGGUAUGAAUUUGAUGAUAUGUUUGUCACUAAAAAAUCUGCUGAUGAGAUAAUGAAGAUCGAAGCUUAUAUAUUGUUCUAUAGUAAAAAAAAUCCUGAAAAAGAUCAAGAGAGAGUAUUAAUCCAGAAUCUAAUAAGGAAUAAUUCUGAAAUUUCUGAAAAUGGAACACAUUGUUGGGUUUCAAGAUUAUGGUAUCCUAAAUUACAUGAUAUGGUAGUAAAAAUACCAAUCAAUGUUUAUUCAAUGCUGGUCGACAAAUAUGGAACUGAUGGUAGUCCACCAUUGCUUAUAUCUGAUGUUGAAUCGGCAGGAUGUUCUAUAUGCCAGCAACAAGAAAGAUUAAUGGAUAAAAGACGUCAAAAGGAAGCUCGGAAAAGGUAG